GGUUUGGUUUUUCAAAUGUGAGGCCUUACUCUGGUCCGGGACUUUUUGUUCAGGCUCAAAAUCUCAUGCUGCUUACAAAGCAGGGAAACUCUGCACUCACCUCCUUGGGUUGAUGGGGCUCGCUGUGGUAGAUAAGAGAAACUCUCUUUUCCUAUAGGGGCACUGCCUGCCUCAGAAUUGUCCUUCUGCUUGGAAAUAUUUAACCCCAAACCACUGUCACCAUCAAACCCUGUAAGUGGUUUGAGAGAGCAGAGGCAAACACGACUCCUCUCUCCGAUCAGUGUGUUUGCCCUGUGCGUGGGGCAGCACACUGUCAUUUUUGUUACUCUCAUGCUUUUUUCCGUCACAGGGUGCGUGGCUCCUGUGAUGCCGGAAGGAACACCAGGCAUUUUAGAGUGACCACCGUGAGCCUGGAAAGCCACUGCUGCUGGCAGAGGAUCGCUCCCGGGCGGCCUGCGAGUCCGCUCCUCUGCGGGGUUCGGUGGGGCGCAGCCUAUGCUGUCAAAGGCAGCCCCAAGGCCACCCUCAAGCUCAGCCUUGCCAGGACUCUCUCUGGAAGCCACAAGCUGCCUGCAAAGCCACCGUGAGGGCAGAAGACCUCAUGCACCUCCUUAUCACAGCAGCAGCAUCUGAACACUAUGGCCCUGCCAAAACUAUUCCUCCUGAAACGAGAACCUGUAUCCGAACGGACGCCAGCAGCAGCCGUGGCUGCUGCUACCUGCUAGGACUCGACUUUUUUUUCCCCGAAACGUUGGAGAAAUCCGGACUGUUCCCAGCGUAAAUUAUCAGGGAGAGGAAACAACGGCAAACUGCAGCGGGGUCCGAGGCAGCUCCUCAAGGACCGGCUCCAGCAGUCGGGACGAGGCAGCAGAGCCGGGACAACCCGAAUCCGGGCGGCCCGCCUCGUCCUCCCCGAUCCGGGGGUUUAUCGGAGCCGCCCCACCGGGCAGCCAGCUCAGCCCGGUGCGGGGCCGGGCCGGGCCGGGCACUGGCCGCCAAUGGGACCGGCUACCGGAGCCGAGCCCUCGGCGGGGCGGGGCGGGCCGGGAGCCGCCCCCGCGCUGCGGGAGCCGCCGUGCCGGUAUGGACCGGAGCCGGAUGAACCAAGACUUCCCCAGCCUCAGGAGCCCCAGCUGAGCUCUUACAGAGGCUUCUGAUCCAGCCGAGCCAAGAGCUUUGUGUGGGUAGAGGACGUGAGUCAACAAAUGGUCUCUGUGAGUUGCCAGGAGCUGCUACCCUCCUUGACCAGCUCUUCCCUCCUCGAAAGCUUUGCGAGCGCUCUGCAACGCAGCAUGCCACCAUCCCUUCUGCCGGGACACGGCAGCGGGAGGGCGUCCGGCCACCCAGAAGGCUCUGGCCAUCUCCUUGCAGGCAGCACCAGCCACCCUGAAGGCACCCUCCUCCCCCUGGCCGGUGCAAAGGGGGAAGACACAAAACCCCAAAUUUGCGAGGCUCACCUCAGGCUGCCUGACUUCUGCAGCAGCCUCUCCCAGGACUUCACUCCCACCCUGGAGGAGAUUGAGGAGUUCCUAAGGGAGAAGGCCGAGUUCCUCAAAGAUGAAGAAAGCGAGCUUCACCCAGCUGGAGGGAAAGUCGAGUUCAUAUCUGAGAUCAGCUUAGGUAGCUCUGGGGGACAGCCUGUCUCCAGUGUGGUUCAAGAAGACGAUGUCUCAAACGCUGCUCAGCCUGGAGGGACAGCUGAUGGUAGUGACCAGGCAGCAGCCGCUGGGAGCAUUCCUGUCGUCCUCCAAAUCCAGCCUCUCCAGAUGGACAGCGGCAGCCCGCUAGCACAGAGUGCUACCGGUGGUGUCAGGGUGGCCCAGCUGGUUAUCAGCUUGCAGGGCCAAAACUUGUCCCUCCUCCCUCAGGUCCAGCCCCCUGUGACCAUCACGGACCAAAAGUAUGUCAAAAUUGCCCCCCUGCCAGUCUCCAUGAGGCCAGGGGUGCCGGGGGAUGUGCAAGAGGUGGAGGCAAACCCCAAGUAUCAGAAAGCCCCCCCUUCUCUCGUCCGCAUCCAUAAGUGCUCGCACCCGGGCUGCGGCAAGAUGUACACCAAGAGUUCCCACCUCAAGGCUCACUUUCGUCGGCACACCGGCGAGAAACCCUACACUUGUGCUUGGCCCAACUGUGGCUGGCGGUUUUCCCGGUCGGAUGAGCUCUCCCGUCACAAGCGCUCCCACUCUGGUGUCAAGCCGUACCAGUGUGCCGCCUGCGAGAAGAAGUUUGCCCGCAGUGACCAUUUAGCCAAACACGUGAAGAUCCACCGGGGCCAGCCUUACGGCCAGCGGACGCUUCAGGGCAGCAGCAGAAAUUAAGUCUCGCUGCUCAUCCUUGCGAGGCUGAGUCCAGGAGGCCCUGAAGCCAGGCAAACAAUGCAAAAACCACUACACUAAUGAAAAGGGGGAAAUGACUCUGACGAAUUAUAGGAGAUCCAGCGUUAUACCUCUAUUCAAGGAUGACCUGGAUUCAUUCACAGCCUGUUUCUGGUAGUACUGUCCCUCUCUCAAAUAUAGGUGAUGGAAACCUAAGUUAA